UAAAAUCUUUCAUUUCUUUUGUACACGCGACAUUUGUGUCGGAAAAAUCGCUGAAAUUUAACUAAAAUAAGCGAUAAUUAUUCGCGAAAUUAUCGUUUGUUGAUUGUGAAAUCAUUGCUGAUUUGUUCCCAAGUCGUUGAACUUUAAUGUGUUUGAAAUAUCAUCCGGAAUAACACCGACUUUGCAUCGCAAUCAUGGCUAGAUACGGUCAAAGACCAGAGAAUGCCCUCAAACGGGCUAAUGAAUUCAUCGAAGUUGGAAAACCAGCUCGAGCUUUGGAAACAUUAUAUGAAGUUUUUCGUAACAAGAAAUGGGCUUACAAUUGGAGCGAGAGCAUUCUGGAACCUAUCAUGUUCAAGUACUUGGAUCUUUGUGUCGAGCUGAAAAAGUCACACAUCGCCAAGGAAGGAUUAUUCCAGUACAGAAAUAUGUUCCAGACUGUCAAUGUUGGCUCAUUGGAGAACGUAAUCCGCGGAUAUUUGAGAUCGGCUGAAGAGAAAACCGAAUCAGCUCGCGAGCACUCGCAUCAAGCUGUCAUCGAUAUCGACGAUUUGGAUAACUUGGCUACCCCUGAAAGUAUUCUUCUGAGCGCUGUGAGCGGUGAAGGUGCCCAAGAUCGUAGCGAUCGUACUAUUUUGACACCAUGGGUUAAAUUUUUAUGGGAAUCGUACUGUCAGUGCUUGGAAUUACUUCGUACGAAUACCUUAGUGGAAACUUUAUAUCACGAUAUUGCCAGAAUGGCAUAUCAAUUUUGUUUGAAAUACAAUAGAAAAACGGAAUUUCGUAAACUUUGCGAUAAACUCCGCAAACACUUGGAAGAUAUCGGAAAAUUACCUCCUCAAGCAAUCAACGUCAGCUUAACCAGACCGGAAACUCAGCAGUAUAAUUUGGAAACUCGUCUUAUUCAGUUAGACUACGCUAUUCAAAUGGAAUUGUGGCAGGAAGCUUAUAAAGCAACCGAAGAUAUUCAUAAUUUAAUGACGAUGUCGAAGAAGCCACCGGUUCCUAAAAUGAUGGCUAAUUAUUACCAGAAAUUGGCGAUGGUAUUUUGGAAAGCUGGUCCUAAUUAUUACUUGUUCCAUGCCGCUGCGUUAUUCAAGCUUUUCACGUUGAAUAAAGAAAUGAAGAAAAAUAUUACUCAAGAAGAUCUACAAAGAAUGGCAAGUCGGGUAUUGUUGGCAACGUUGGCUGUUCCUCUUCCAUCGGCUCAUCCGGAAUUCGAUAGAUUUAUUGAAACUGAUAAAAGUCCUUUGGAAAAGGCUCAAAAAUUAGCUGUCUUGUUGACCCUAAACCAACCUCCUACGAGAUCCUCGCUACUGAAAGAUUUGGUCCGUUACAACGUCUUGAAUAUGGCAUCUACUCCCCUCCAAGAACUCUACAACCUACUGGAAGUUAAUUUCAACCCGCUAACGCUCUGCUCCAAAGUAGACAGUAUCGUGAAAGUAUUACAAGAAUCAGACCAGUACAUCCCUCCUCUUCGAGACGUCACCCUAGUCACGCUUAUUCGUCAAGUAUCCCAAGUAUACGAAAGCAUCACCUACCCUCGUCUUCUCCAAUUGUCUCAUUUCGGCACACAGUUCCACAUGGAACGAUUGCUAGUCGAGUGUGUGCGUCAAAACGACAUGCAAAUUCGUAUCGAUCACGGUAAAGCAUCCAUUUUCUUCGGAGCUGAUUUAUCAGAGUCGCAUCACGAAGAUAAACUAGAAGGAGUUACCAUCCAAAGCAUGCCUAGCGAACAAAUACGUAAUCAAUUGGUCAACAUGAAUAACGCUUUGCAUAAAUGCUUGCAAGUCAUUAAUCCCAAUUACAACAAGGGUGAUCGGGAACAACUUCAUGAUAACAUGGUACGACGUUAUCACGAAAUUAAACAUAUGGAACAUCAACGUAUUUUGGCCAGGCAUAAAAUCAUCGAAGAACGUAAAGAAUAUCUCGAGCAAUUGAAUACUGUCAGGGAGCAAGAAGAAGCGAAAAAAAUAGAAGAAAUAGCCAGACAGCAAGCUAUGGCUGAGCAAAAACGCUUAGAAAUUGAAAGAGAAGAACGCGAACGUAAACGACAAGAAAGCGAAUUGCAACUAAUACGUGAUCGAACCCGGCAGGAAAAAAUUAACCAGAUUUCGUUGACUGUUCAUGGUCAAAAAUUACUCAAAAAUUUACAAGAAGAUGAAUUGAAAAAUUUGGAUGCUGAUAAGAUCGCCCUUCGUGAAGCUGAAGAAUUACAAAAGGAAAGGAAAGAACAGCAGCAAAAGUUGAAGAAUCAAGAAAAGAAAUUGGAUUACUUCGAACGGGCUAAACGAAUCGAAGAAAUACCCUUAUUGAAAGCUGCCUGGAAAGAAAAACAGGAAGCUGAUCGUAAAUUCUGGCACCAACAAGAACUGGAUAAAAUUCAAACCAUGAAACAAGAACGUAAAUUAGCCCUGCAACAUCGUGACCGACUCAAACGCAUGGCAGUCGAUAAGAAUGCAUACUUGGCCAAACUCGAAAGCCAACGCCUCUCAACUUUCAAAGAUAAGUUGGAACAAUUUGAAAAAGAAUUGGAAAAAAUUCGUAAAGAAAGACUAGAAAAACGUAAAAAAGAAAGAAUCGAGAAACGCAAAGCUGAUUACGUUAGACAGCUCGAAGAAGAAGCUGAACGUAAACGACAGGAAGAAAAACGUAAACAAGAAGAAGAAGAACGUAAAAAACGCGAAGAAGAGAAAGCCAAAGAGAGGGAAAAACGUGAAGAAUUGGACAGAAAGGCGGAACAGGCGCGUAAACGCGAAGAAGAAGUAGAACGGAAACAUAAAUUAAUAUCGGCCAAUACAGCGCCGGCUGAAAAACCCUCGUCGUGGCGUGCUGCUGAAAGAAGCAGUGAUAAAUCUCCUGAAAGGAAAUUCAGAGACGACGAUAGAAAAGGUGACAUUGUUCGCAGACGUGUCGACGACGACGCCAGAAAAACCACUGGUCCUGAGAGAAAAAUGGAAUGGCGUGAAAAACCAGCCAAAGACGAAAGCCGAACCGAAGAUGAUAGUGGUAGAGACAGAAAACCACCCCCAAGAGAACCUCUACAACGUAGAACCGACGAUGACAGGAAACCUGCUCCCCGAGCUGGAGGUGGCUGGCGCGAUAAACCUUCCGGUAAAGACGACGAACCACCUUCGUCGCGCGAACCACCUUCACGAUCCGAAGGUGGUGGCAGAUGGAGAUCAGACGAUAAACCCUCCGAUUCGGCUUGGAGAAGAGGUGGUGAACGUUCUGAUGCACCGGCCAGCCGCGAUAGACCGGAUCGAAACUUCGGCAGAAAAUUCGAUGGCGAAGAUAAAGGCAGAUCGGCUUUCUCCAAAGGUGGCGAUAGAAAACCCGAUGAUGGCGGUGCCUGGCGCAGGAAACCAGAACAGUCAUCGUCGUCGUCUGGAAGCUGGCGUUAAUUAGGUAUUUGAAAAGAUGUGAUUUUUAUUUCGAUUUUAGUACGAAAUCUUAUCGACUGGUUGUUCUUUUUUCAUUUUUAGUGUUUUAAGUACACUUUUAAAUUUAUAAUAAUUAUUAAAUAAUAUGAAUGUCGUUAAUUAAUUUUAUACGCGUAUUAAUGUAGUACAUAUUUAUAUCGAAUCGAUGUAUGUAUUUCGAAUUAUAGUGUGUUUUAUUCCGCUGUUGUAUAGUUCUCGCCUCUCUCACGUGUGUUUUCGCUGGUUUAAUCGUCAUUAUGGUAGCUUAUCAGAUUCCGUAAUUUAUUAUUUAUGUAGAAAUUUUAUAAUUUAUUUUUUUUUUCGUUUUGGGUUUUUUGUCUACUUAUCGUGUAAAAGUAGAAAAUUUUUUACUUACUCUUCGAUCUUGAUGAUUUUGAAUACUUGUCCGUACCUUUUUAACGAACUGAGGGUUCUUCAAAGCUAAAAAAAAUCCAAUCACUUGCGAAAAGAAUGCAUUAUUAUACAUUUAUUGUUACCUAAUAAAUAUUUGAAAAUUUAAA